AUGGCCCUCACCAACCCCCCUCCUGUGCGCCCCCCGCCCAACAGGAUUUACGUGCUCGACACCAGUGGCCGCCUGUACGUGCACGCCAAGCACCGCGGCAGCUUCCACCACAGCAGCUUCCUGCGGGGCGGCGCGGUGCUGUCGGCCGGCGGCAUCGUGGUGAAGCAAGGCCGCAUCCUCAAGCUCACGGCGGACAGCGGCCACUACCGCCCCAACUUUGCCAACUUCAUGGGGAUGGUGCAGCUGCUGCGCGACUGGGGGGCGGACCUCUCAGCCACCAAGCUGAGCGCCAAGCACAUCGACUGCCCUCUCUAA